AUGAUGACAGUGGUGAUUGAAACGGACAGAGAGACCUACUCUCUCAGUCUGACYUCUGUUGAGGACAUCAAAGCUAUGGUCAGUAAUGUGACAGCUUCUAUGAAGAAGAUCAUCCCUGAUUCAUCUCCAGGAAAGAUCCUGAAAAAGAUCCCUCCAGAUCUGCAGGAGCGGAUGUGGAACCUGGCAACCCGGGUGGAGGAGCACCUGACUGGAACACUGGGACCAUGUUGAGGCUUCUCAGAGACAAAUGCUGCUCUAUGUGACUUCAAUGAGUUCCCCUGCAGGGAGGUCCAAUAGGAUGUUGACAUUUACUAUGCCCAGAAUUGUUGGAAUCUCUUCUUCAACCAAUGGUUCACCAAGAUCUCCAACAAAGACCUCAAACUGAGCUCCGAAGUCCAGGAGCAGGUUCUCUUCAUGAUCAACAGAUCCUCAACCCUGGAGGAGGUGUGUCUGGAAGGAGGUGGGCUCAAUCUCCCUUCCUCUUGUUGGAAUUUUGCAUUGAAGACGGCCUGUGGCCUGCGAGAUUACACCGGCUCCGCCAUCCACACCAUCAACCUUUCAGCCAAUUAUAUAGAGAACAAAGGGUUGGCUAAUCUGACUCAGGGGUUCUCUCAGAACAAGGACUUCGCCAGCUCUCUGUGUCACCUGGAUUUGUCAGGGAAUACAGGCAGUCUGGCUACAGAGGAGGCUGUGGUGAGGGUGGGGGCAACACAGGCAGUCUGGCUACAGAAGAGGCUGUGGUCAGUCUUCUGCUCCAACCUGGCUCACCUCAACCUGUCCAGGGACCCCUUCUCACACAGAUUGUUGUUGCAGGGUCGGCCAGAACUGAGGUCUGCUGGAGCCCAGGUGAUUCAGGAGCACAUCUUUGAAGCCAAGGCCAUCAGCAUUCUGGACCUCUCUGACAAUGGUUUUGAGAGUGACAUGGUAACCAUGGUGCUGUCCAUCAGUCGCAGGCACUCCAUCCGCGAUCCGGCUUUGGGACUCAACUUUGUCAAGUCCAGAGCUCUAAUAACAAACGUCCUACAGCGUAUCGUCCAGCUCAUGCAGGAGGAGGAAUGUCCCCGGGAGUCUCUGUCAGUGUGUGAUUCCAAGCUGAAGACAAGUACCACCAUCCUCAUCAACAGCCUGAGCUGCAAUGCCACCAGCGGCCACAAUGACAUCAGUGGCAACUGUAUCAAAGACACUGGAGCCAAAUUUCUGGCCAAGGCCUUACUCAUCAACACUAAGCUUAGAUCCAGKACUGUCUUCUCAGGAACAACCAGACACAGUCAGGAGGCCCAGAUACUAAACCUGCAACAGGGCCUGAAAACUGUAUGCUCUCUGAACAUGUGGGUCAGGCUCAGUCAUAGAGCUGGCCCAGGCCUUGCUACAGGCAGCCCAGACUCUCUGUCCCAGGGUCACACACAGGUCAAGCUGGCUGACUAUGUGGCUAAGAUGUCCAGACAGACAGACCUCUUCAUCUGGGACACCCUCAUACAGCACACAGGAGAGCUCAGUAUGUUCAUGUCAUUUGGAGGAACAGCUAUCCGUCAAGCAACCUCAGUGAAGAGUGUCCUGGAUGUAGACACGGAGCAGCAGGCGAGAGAGAGCAUUUAUUAUCAGCAGGAAGUAGGAGGGGAGGUCUCAGGGGUAGGAGGGAGUGGGUGGGCGCUGUCGUCGACAACGUUAUUGUCAGUCACAGUGGCAGGCCAGCUGAAACCUGAAGGCUCCUCCCACACAGGGAGGGAGGCGGAUGCUGCCGCUGCUCUUGCUGCUGCCGCGGCUCUUAGCGACAGUGAUCCCCGGCGCCCUGAGCCUGCACCUCCUCAGCCCCCUAUGGACCUGCCCAUCGAAGGCCACACACUGAGGCACUACACCCGCUCCAGGCCCAGACCCAACCGCCGGAACAGCAAGCCGCCCAGCAAGCCCCAGAAAAGCGCAGAGGGAGGAGGUCCCUUACAAAGCACAACCCACAGCGUCGACCUCCACCACCCCUGCCCCUCCCAGCACGUCUGCCCUGGCCCCGCCUCCUCUACCACCUCUAUCACCUCCUCCUCCUCCUCCUCUCCACCGUACAACCUCCAACACUACUACCACAACCACCACCCCUUCCACCGCCCCUCCAAAACAUCAAGAAGAAGUUUGGGGACUUCUUCGCCUUCAAGAAAGUCCGUGCUGGCCGGGGGGCAAAGGGCGAGGCCCCAUCAUCAGCCCUGUCGGCGGGUUCCUGGUGGAGAGGGAGAAGAGCCGGACCCUGGAAAAGAGCAAGACCCCAGAUGGAGAGAGGAGGCUGAAGGCCACACGGCGCUCGCUCAGGGAGGGCAAGUCCCAGUCCCUCAUCCUGCUGACAGGCCUGGAGGAUGGCGCUGCGCACACGGAAAGAAACACGCAUCUGAGAGCACAUCCAGCCUUGAGCAGCGUCUCCACGUAAUGCUCCACCGCAUGGGGGUGGCCAAGACACCUCCUGCAGACACAAAGAGCAGCCAGAACAAAGAAGAGGAGCUGAGGAAAACCAACUCCGAAGGUGCAAUUCUUGACAAAAAACCUGAACCACCACCCACGUCCAUGAAGCCUCGCACUAUGUCCACAUCAGCUUCAGACACCAGGCGGCCAAUCAGAGCAGGCGUGGAGGCUCUCAGAACAGACAAGCCCCUCCUCCCAGGACGUCCCAUCGGCCCCCUCCCUCCCAAACCCACAGUGGCAGCCAAACCCCCUCUCCCAGCCCCCCAGCAGCACCCUGCUGCCGCUAGGACAUCCCCGGGGGUCCCCCGGCAGCCCAACACAGCCACGGAGACCCAGACCCAGCCAGCAGAGCCAGAGCCGUCCCAGAGCCAGACCCAGACCCAGCAGAGUGAGCCGACCAGUCCUUCCUCCCGCAAGGAGACUCCCCCUGCCCCAUCGCCACACAGGGACCCCAGCUCUCUGGAGAGCAGGGAGCGCACUGAGAGAGCACAAUCAGUCACUGAAGAGAGCCUUCCUAAACCCCAGUCCCGCAUGAAGCCCUCUCCCCAGCGGAGAGCUGUGUCCGUCUACGAGGACUCGCUCCACCAAGAACAUGCUGCUCUGCUGGACCCCGAAGAGCUGAAGUUAGCAUUGCCAUGGUUGCAGAGGUCACCAGUCCAGAAACGUACCAACCUGGGGGAGCUCCCUACCUGUAGUGAGAUCCAGCUAGAGGGAGAGGAGGCAGGUGAAGCAGGGAAAGAGAGGACUGGAGAGGGUGAGGGGAAGGACAGCCGGCCGGUAACAGAGGACAAGCCAGGGCCAAGCCCAGUGGGGGCCAGUCAGGUAGAGGGAAAGAGCACAGCAGAGAAGAGGGGUGAGACGGUCUCACAGCAGCACACAGCGCAGGCAGAAACAUCAGACCAAAGAACUGAACCCCCCUUAAUGGAGAAACACAUGGACUGACCUGCGUAGAGUCUAUUUUCUAUCUUGCACGCCAGAUUAUGUAAAAAAUAAACAAAUUAUGAACAAAAUGUUUUAAAGAGUGUAAAUCCAUACCUAUACUUGUUAAUAAUUAUUAAAAAGUUGAUUCUGAAGUGUCA